CCCCCCCCCCCACACACACACACACACACACACACACACACACACACACACACACACACAAACACACACACACACACACACACACACACACACACACACACACACACACACACACCUUAAAGAACCUAUAAUACUACUUUGCAUUUUAUCCAUGCAGUCGAUGUAAAGGCAGGACGACAUUCCUGGUGUCGUUCUAAGCCCUGUUGGUGCGCCGGAGCGUGUAAAGGCUAGAAUAUAACUGUCAGCCGCUCAGCCCGAACCGGAAAGGUGACUUUCGUGCAGUAGUGUGUGUGUGUGUGUGUGUGUGUGUGUGUGUGUGUGUGUGUGUGUGUGUGUGUGUGUGUGUGUGUGUGUGUGUGUGUGUGUGAGAGAGAGUGUGUGUGUGUUUGGGUGUGUGUGAGCGCGCGUGUGCUUGCGCGCGUGUACUUGUGCCUGUUUGGAUGCGCGUGUGUGCGUGUAUGUGCGUGUGCGUGUGAGUUUGAGAUAGAGAGAGAGAGGGAGGGAGAGAGAGAGAGAGAGGUUGCGACAGGUGUACACCAAACAGGUAGCUGCGCCUUGUUUUUUUUUUCUUCCACGGGACGAACGUAUUCCCCCCUGCCUGGCCGAGAGCAGAACAGAACAACAAGUGACGAAGAUUAAAGGAUUUAAACAUUUUACAAAGGAACAAUUGGGUGGUUUUCCCCUUCCAUCUCGCGGGCUAGAGCGCGAUCUAAAGGUUUAACGCACAGACGACGCACGGCCCUUCCCCCGGAGCGUCCAUUUGGAGAUAUUGUCCUUUUGGGGGGGUGCGUUGCGUUUGAUCUACUUAAAGGGGUUACUUUAAGUUCUUGAUUGUGUUCUCGCUUCCCACCCGCUGACCGGGGCUGAACCUGAGGAGGAGACGCAGACGGUGUACUGGAACCCAUGUCCUGCAGACAUAGAUAGAGCAGUGAUCCCACCUUACAGCCCGACAUCCCCUCAGCACUGCCUUUGGGACCCCCAGGUGGAGGAUGGUAUCGCUGCUCAGAGCGCUCUCUCUCUGUCUACUGGUCAGCUCCGUUUCUGUGGGGAGGGGGGAGUUCCUUGACGCACCCCCCGGCCAUGCCUUGCUCUCGCUGGCGGAGAAGGAGACGGUGCUGCCCUGCCGUUACCGGGACGAUCCCGGGGUCAAGUCGACGGUGAUACAGGUCACCUGGUACAAAGAGGGGCCCGGCGGCCGGGACCAGAUCAUGGCUGCCCAUCAUCAGGACGGACAGACAGCGUUCGGGCCGUGGUCAGGCCGUGUGCGGUUCCAGAGCAGCGAGCCCAUGGUGGACUCGAGCCUGGUCAUCCUGACCACGGAGGUGGUGGACGAGGGCAGCUACACCUGCCACAUCAGCACCUUCCCAGGCGGGAACUUUGACCAGAAGCUGACACUCACUGUCUGGACUGUCCCCAUCUCCUCCCUGGACCCGGUCAUCCUGGUGGAGGGCCAGUCGUACCGUCUGGCCGCCGCCUGUCGCUCCGUGGCCCGCCCGCUGCCCAGCCUCUCCUGGGACACCGACCUCAACGGCCAGUCCACCAACCGCUCCUCCGACACCGGCUCCGUGUCCUCCCACUACUCCCUGCACCCCCUGCGGAGCAUGAACGGCAAGAAGCUGGACUGCCUGGUCUCCCACCAGUCCCUGAAGAAGCCUCGGAGGCUCCGCAACAACGUGGUGGUGCACUACUGGUCCUACAAGCUGACCGUGCGUGUGUGUGUGUGUGUGUGUAGGCAGGGAGGGGAUCUCCCACAGGGAGUCAUUCCUCACCCCAACGGCACGCUGGAGUUCGGGCGCCCUCUGAGCGCGGGGGACGUGGGCGUCUACCAGUGUGUGGUCAGGAACGUCGUGGACAGCAGCAAGGCGACGGUCGAGCUGAAGGUGGCCGACGAGCCCCAGAAGGAGGCGGAGCCGGACAACCUGCUCCUGAUUGGUGUGGGCGGGGCGGCGGGCGGCCUGCUGCUGCUGAUGUUGGUGGUCAUCGUCAGCGUGACGUGUCACCACAAGCGCCGCAACAAGAGGCUGGAGCGCCAGCUCACCGUGAAGGAUAAUGAGAUCAGCAACCUGGUCCGCCAGGCCUCCUUCAGGAGGGUCAACUCGGACCAAAUGGACUCAAUAGAACAGAUGACAGAGAAGAACUCCCUGAGGGUUGAGGGAACGAUUCGAGCCAGCCUGUCGUCCCUUGGGGACCAGGCUCUCAGCCGGGACAGUCGCUCCACCCUGUCGGGCGGGUGGGCCGGUGUAGGGGGGGGAGGAGGAGGGGGCGGAGGGAUGCUGCUGGACCACCUGGGUCGGCCGUCGCUGACCAACGGGUCGCGGCGAGGGGGCAGCCGGAUCCUGGAACGGGACGAGGAGAAGAGGCUCCGCGUGGAGUCCUAUGCCAGGAACAGCACCAUGUCGCUGCAGGACAAACAGAGGAUGCACCCCCCCCUCCUCCCGUCCCCCGUCCCGGUGCUCCACUCCACCGAGAUCCUGCGCACCCGCCAGCCCCGCGGCACCGACGACGGAGGAGGAGGAGGAGGAGGAGGAGGAGGAGGAGGAGGAGGAGGAGGAGGAGGAGGCAGGAUCGCCAACGGCACGCGCAACAUGCAGCCCCCGCCGCUUCGCUGCGGCUACCCGACCCGGGGCGACGAGGAAGACGAGGAGGACGAGGGUCUGGGUGGCCUGAUGUGUCCUGAGGUCCAGGGGCGGCUGGUGCACGGCGACCGCGACGGCGACGGCGGGGACCCCGACGACGACGACGACGACGACCCCUACGGCAGCGAGACCCACAGCUCGCUGAUGAUGGACGCCCAGCAAGUCCACUUCCAGCAGCAGGCGCCGCAGCACCACCUGACCAACGGGACGCUGAGACCCAAGAGCCGCUCCCCCCUCCCGAACCCCCACACCUCCCACAUCCACAAGGCCCAGAUCGUUUAGCCGGGGGUGGCGGGUGGGGGGUAACACGCCCCCCCUAGGCCCAGGGCGGACUCUAUGAGCCGCAGAGCUCUGGGCUCUGAUUGGACCUCAGAUAACCGGGUGUGUUCUGACUCCUACAUUUCGGCGGCGAUGAGACUGAGAUGAACCGUUGAAUGUGUUCCGCCCAGAACCAGGUUGUGCUCUGCGACACACUGGCUCUGGGCCUGGAAUACACCAGGCAUUGUUUGUUAAAGCUGUUCUAGGUGUCCCUCUGUGCCCGUGGUAGGUUCUAGAUGGAUGGACAGCUGGGAGGACAGGACAGGUGACCCAGGGGGCUCGUCUGCCAGGGGGGCAAUAGGCACCAGUUAUGUUCUGUGGUUAUUUAAUGAAUUGCUAAUAUGUCUGGUGCAAAGGGUGCAGCCUUUAUAGCACACUAUCAACUAACAUGACAUAAAGCCUGCUAUAUUUUUGUAUAUAUUCUUAUAUAUUUCCCUACCUGGAAGAAUCCUGUCACUGAGGGGUUCUCUAGGGUCGAGGGUGUUCGAAUCCCAGUCGAGCAGGUCCUAAGUUUGAGUCCACAAUCUACUUGUAGACAUCUUUGAGCAGUAUGGCCUAACUUCUUGCUCCUUUUUACUUUGAUGAUUUAUUGGGGAUGAAAGUGUCUACUAAAUAUACGGAUAAAUACUUCCAUGCAAACGAAUUUUGCAUAUUUCCCCAGUGAACUUCCCUCUCAUCUCACCUUCAUCCGCUUGUCCGGGGUCGGGUCGCGGGGGGAGCAGCUCAAGCAGGGGGCCCCAGACUUCCCUUUCCGGGGCCACAUUGACCAGCUCUGACGGGGGGAUCCCGAGGCGUUCCCAGGCCAGUGUUGAGAUAUAAUCUCUCCACCUAGUCCUGGGUCUUCCCCGAGGUCUCCUCCCCACUGGACGUGCCUGAAACACCUCCCAAGGGAGGCGCCCAGUGGGCAUCCUUACCAGAUGCCCGAACCACCACAUACAUUACUUUAGAAAAUGAAAGUGCCUGUCUGGCACUCUAACCAUGUAUAGCUAUUUAGGAUAUCAGUUGAUAUUGAGCUACUAGCACGGUAAAUAUACUUUCAACAAAUGUAUUUGACACACUUUUGACGCUGAGCGGAUUGGAGACCAACGGUACAUUUUACCACCCUCUAGUGGUGAAACCUGGCCAUGCAGACAGUCCAUGGUGGGAGCUGAAUCCCAAACAUACCUCUGUAAAUCGCCCUCUGGUCCUCUUCUGGGACGUCUUCACACUGCACUGAGAAAUGUACAGUCACACAGUACAUGAUGUAUUCCUCUUAUUACUAUUAGCACGCCGUAUCGCAUCAAUGCUGCAACUGUAGGCCUAACCUAUACUCUGUACUCAAUAAGAAUGGAUCUUCCCAGUUGAAGAGAGCCAAAGAUGUGAUGGAUGGUUUAUUUUGUGGUGGCUGUCAUGUUGUUACAGGCAUUGUGGUGUGUUGGAUCUUUAAUGAGUCAGAUCUACCGGGAAACGCGCCUUAAGAACAGGGACUGUAACGAAAACACACCCAGGCCUGAACAUUUGUCACGUUUACUUUGACAUACUGCAAUAAAGACUGGACGAGUUGAGUCGGAAGAGGAUGUGGAGAGGAUUGUAUUGGGACAACAAAGAAACACAAAAUAUUUACAUGAUGCAUGCCCAUAGGCCUGUCUAACAUUGUGGGAGUUUUUUAUUUUAACCACCAACUGCCUUGACGUGGUGAGAUGUCUUUGCCUCAGGGCAAAUAUGAAGUAUUAUUGUGUUUCACAAACAUUUUGAAAUGUUUUUAUUAAGUGUUAUCUAUCUGUGUAAAAAAAUGUCUUUUCUUAGCAGAUGUAUAUAGUUUUUUUAUUCUUUGGGACUAAAUGAUGUUGAUAUAGCUCGUAAGCAAUUGAAUGCAUAUUGGAGGGGUCAUUGCGCGCAUUGCCGAUAUGCGGUAUAUGUGUAAAUAUUGCCCCCUAGUGUAUAUAUUGUGAAAGUGCAGCCGUUUUAUUCCACUGUGAUCUUGAAACAUCGUUUCUCGCUUUUUAAAGCCAUAUUUUAAAGGGAUUUGUGUGGGUGUCUGAAUGUAAGCCUGUUGCUUGGUAUAAAAAAAGUGGAAAUAAAGUUCCAUAUUUUUAUUGUAUUGUAUUGUACAUUACCGGCGACAACAUAACUGUGAGCUGGUGUGUCGCAAAUCUACUGAGGGAAACACACACACACACACACACACACACACACACACACACACACACACACACACACACACACACACACACACACACACACACACACACACACACAC